ACCUAACAUUAGGUGACGUUUAGUUUGUUGACGUUUCAAAAAGAAAAUACUAAUUUAAUCUACCUUAAAAUAUUAUUUUUCCUGCAAUUUUCACGUACCUCUAAAUAGUUUUCACAAUGACUGAAAGUAAGAGUGAUAUUUUAGACCUAGACACCGAAACACUUUUUAAAGAACAUAAUAUCGAUAAAAUUAUUGAGAUAAAAAAGACCCUAGAUGCAGAAAUAGAACGAAAACGGAAAGAUUUAAGAUCAAUGAUUGGCGACCGUUACAAAGAUAUUCUAGUAGCUUCAGAUGCAAUUACAUGUAUGAAAGACAUUUCCCAGAAUAUUGUAGAUAGCCUCACAAGAAUUACAGGAACUUGUGAAAAUCUUCUUAGUAGUAUUAAUAAUAUCGACACUGGACCCAAUUAUGCAGUGAAUAGUAAAGUAUUGGAAGAACAGGCCAUUGUGAGUCAAAUUAAAUUAGCAAUUUUUAUGAAUGAACAAAUUUGGAUUGCCCUUGACGAAGAGAAUAAUCUAAAGGCUGCCCAGUACUAUUUACUAGCUCAGCAUAUCCAUACAGGUUUGAGCCUGUCCAAGAAAGUGUUCAUUGAUAGAGUACCACUACUUGUCCAAGUCAAGACCAAUUUGUCAGUACUUAGGUCAAAAAUAUUACAGAAAAUCAUAGAGAAGCUAGAAUAUGUAGAGACUUCAGCACAGGAAACAAGUCAAAAUUUGAACGCCUUUUUGUUGCUGGAAAAUCAGGGUUGCAAUGAUUUGAUCAGCAUUUUUAUUGAGCAUCGCAGAACUGCUUUGAACACUGUUAUUAAUAGUCAAUAUUCGAGUGUGAGGGCUCAGAUAUGUUCCAUGGUCAAGUGUCUUAUCACUACAGUUCAUCUUCUGCAUGACUGCUUUCUUAGUGUUAAAAAUGGUUGCAAAGGUCUCAUUUGGCAACAACUGCAAGACAUCAUGUCCCCCUCCGCCCCACCCACAUUAUCCAAACUGGACCUACCCUUUACCCAUCAGGAUGAUUAUAUACCUGACGUUAUAAGCAAAUUUAGGCCUGCAGGCAAGUUCUUAAAUCAGGCGGAAAACUAUGUACAAAACACGGAGGGUAUCAUUAAAAAUUGGUUGGAUUCAACCCGGACAGUUGUUCGAGCUGGCUUGAAGAAAGCUAUAGAAUUGGUCCCCAAUAUGAAGGGGUUGCACCUAGUACGGGAGGAAUCUUUAAAAAUACAACCUCCUGAUAAUUGGGACCAGAUCUGCAAAGAUUCCCACCUACCUGAGAAUUUCGAUGUUUGGUACUUCUUUUUCCAAGACGUGAUCACUGAAAGAUGUCGAAGUCUGAUCUGUCGUAAGGUGUCUUCGAAUUUGACAGUGAUUCAGGAUCAUGUGCGACAAAUUUUGGAUUCUGCCAGUGCAUCGGAAAAAUCGGAAACCGACCUGACGUGGUACAUUUGGGCCGAGGAUAUGGACGACGUCAGUAAGAACGAACGCACACAUUUAGGUCUUUCAAUGAAGGCGAGAGGAUAUUCGCAGAAUAUAGCUAGUCUUUGUAGUAGACUAGAUAAAACAUAUUUGGAACUGCUGGAAGAUGCUUCGCAAUAUUUGUACGCCAAAGAAUACAACGACAAUAUUAACUUUACUGUGGUUGUAAAGGAUUUUAAGUUUAAGAGGAAAUUCGUCGAUAAAAAUGAAAUCGAAAAUCAUCUCCAAGCAGAGUGCAUUAAAACUUGUUUAGAACUGUCAAAUUAUUGUAAUAACCUUCUAACCACCCAAACAUCCAACUUUAUCACGAAAUCCACGAUUCUGGCAAGAUUUAUGCAAGCCAUCACGUUGCUGUGUCCGCAUCUUCAUCGAUGCUGCAUAUUUAACAUCUCCAACGAUGACUGGAUCAGAGUGUGUGAUGCUUUCAACACUACAAGCCAGAAUUUGUGGACCAAUUGGACAAACAGCGUGUUAGAAGCCACUGAGAAGCAUUGUGAGGAACUAAACAACAUUUGUCCGGAGAGGAUGCUCAAAAUUCUCAGUAGGUGGGAUGAAAUCGAAAUCCAAGAACAAACGGACGAAAAAGUCUUCGUGUCCCAUAUCCAAGUGCCAUUAAAGCCCAGCUUGAUCCUAAACGAAAUAUUCAACCAACUCAACAACACCAUAGGCCUUAAAAUCCCCCACACCGUACCCAAGUCCAUCCACGCCCAAUUCAUAGAAAAGAACAUUAUGAUCAUCCUUAAACAUUACAAGAGGAUAUCCGCAGAAGAGAAAUUGAACCAGAAACAAGCUCUGCAGUUUUUGUUUGACGUUAAGUUCUUAACUACUCUAUGUAUUCCCGGAGAGAACAUUCAGCUGUUGAGUUAUUCCCAAGAUAUCUGUGAUACUCUUAAAAGUAGGAUAGACCCCUUUGAUUUGGACGUUUUUUACUCGUAUUUGCAAAACAAUGUGAAGAAGGCUGUAAUACAGUCCCAGCUCAUAGCAGGAUGUCUUCUAUCAUCUUCAAAUCAAUUAGCAAAUCUGGGAGUGUCCGACAAGUUGAAGCAAGGAAUCCAGAACCCCAAUUUACUAGCUUUGAGUGCUCCAUCUAUGUCUACGUGGUUCCCACUCUUGCCUGUAUCAGUUCCUUCACAAAAAUUACCAGGAACAACAACCAAAAAUGACGAGGAGACCACUCGAAAAUCGUCCAAAGUACCUUCAAACAAAUUCCAAGAUCCAGCAAGCUUCAUGAGACAGAGCGCAUCUUUGUUCGGCGGACUCACUAGUGACUGGUUCUGAUACCGUUUGACUUUUUUUAUAUAGAUAUGUUUAUUGUUUGCAAAGUGUAUAUAAAAUGUUAUCUAGUUUUGUCUAAAGGUUUUUAUAAAUGAGUAACGAUUAAAAGAAACAGAUACCUCCUUAAAAGCAAUAAUAA